AUGCAACUCCCCCGUCGUCGAGCACGCGGAGUCGAGGAGGGAGAGGGAUGGCCUCACCAGCACCAGGAGCCCUGGAGGAGGAAGAGAAGGGGUUGGUUGGCCUGGAGGAGGAAGAGAAGGGGUUGGUUGGGCUGCACCGGCUUGUUCCGGUUCGCGGACGGCGCGGACGUGGUGCUCAUGGCCGCGGGUGCCGCGGGUGCAGUCGCCAGCGGCGUGGCACAGCUGCUCAUGACGCUCAUCUUCGGCGAGGUCGUCAACGCCUUCGGCUCCGGCUCCCGCCACGAUAUCCUGCACCGCGUCUCCGGGGUGUGCCUGAAGUUCGUCUAUCUGGCCAUUGGGUCAUGGUUUGCUUGCUUCCUACAGGUUGCGUGUUGGAUCAUCACUGGAGAAAGACAAGCAGCUCGCAUACGGGGUCUCUAUCUUGAAGCUCUAUUGAGACAAGACAUUGCAUUUUUUGACAAGGAAAUGACCACUGGACAAUUGGUUGAGAGUAUGUCCGGAGAUACAAUACUUAUCCAGGAUGCAAUUGGUGAAAAGGUUGGGAAGUUUAUACAACUUACUGCCACAUUUGUUGGAGGGUUGGUGAUUGCUUUCUCUAAAGGAUGGCUUUUAGCUGCUGUUAUGAUGUCAAGUGUCCCUCCUAUAGUAGUUGCUGGAGCAGCUAUUUCAUGGACUGUAUCGAAACUGUCAAGCCAGGGUCAAGCUAAGUACAAUGAAGCAGGCAUUGUCGUUGAACAGACAAUUGGAGCCAUCAGAACAGUUGCUUCCUUCAAUGGUGAGAAUCGGGCCAUUGCAUUAUACAAUAAGUAUAUUAGGAAUGCAUAUGUAUCUGCUGUCCAAGAAGGAACGGCUACUGGCCUGGGCUUUGGUUUCGUUAUGCUUAUUCUGUUCUGCACCCAUGGUCUAACAGCAUGGUAUGGGGCAAAACUGAUUAUUGAUAAAGGAUAUGAAGGAGGUCAGGUUGUAAGUGUCUGGAUGGCAUUCAUGACAGGUGCAAUGUCAUUAGGUGAGGCAACACCAUGCGUGACUGCUUUUGCUUCUGGCCGGGCUGCUGGGCACAGAAUGAUGCAGAUAAUCCAAAGGAAGCCACAAAUUGAUUCUAAUGGAACAGAUGGGAUCGUGCUAGCAAACAUGAAGGGUGAUAUAGAGCUAAGGGAUGUAUACUUUUCGUACCCAUCUAGACGUGAUCAAUUGAUAUUUGAUGGCUUCUCGUUGCAUGUAUUAAGUGGAAAAACAAUGGCUAUAGUGGGACAGAGUGGUAGUGGGAAGUCGACAGUGAUUAAUCUUGUGGAGAGAUUCUAUGACCCUCAGGCUGGUGAAGUUUCAAUAGAUGGUGUUAACAUAAAAAGCCUGAGGCUUGGAUGGCUAAGGGAAAAUAUCGGUCUUGUUAGUCAAGAACCACUGUUGUUUGCCACUAGUAUUCGGGAGAACAUUGUCUAUGGGAAAGAAGAUGCAACAGACCAGGAGAUAAUGGCUGCGACAAAGCUUGCUAAUGCAGCAAAUUUCAUUGAUAAGUUACCUAAUGGCCUAGACACAAUGGUUGGUGAGCAUGGAGCACAAUUGUCUGGAGGGCAGAAACAAAGAAUUGCAAUCACAAGGGCAAUACUGAAAAAUCCCAAAAUCUUGCUGCUUGAUGAAGCAACAAGUGCACUAGAUAUGGAGUCUGAGAGAGUGGUUCAGGAGGCCCUUAACAGAAUUAUGCAAGGCAAGACCACGAUCAUAGUUGCCCAUCGAUUGAGCACUAUAAAAGAUGCUGACACUAUAUCAGUCAUACAUCGCGGAAAAGUAGUUGAACUAGGCACACACACUGAACUACUUCAGGACCCCAAUGGUGCAUAUUCCCAGCUUAUCCAGCUGCAGGAUAUAAUUGGAGAACCAGAUGCAUCUGAUGUAGAUUAUCAAAGGUCUACUUCAGCUGUCAGAAAUGUCGAGUCCUUGAACAAAUCUAAGCAUGCUCCAUCUCUCAAGAGGUCAAUAACUGGUGGCGCUUCAUUAGGGAGUACCAGCGUGCACUUGAUCACUAGUGCCAACAUGAUUGUCCUGGAGAGCACAGAUACUGAACCACUGCCUAAAGUAUCGGAUGAAGGUGAAGAAUGCAGGAAGGUUGCCCUCUCUCGUCUUAUUUCUCUGAAUAAACCUGAGAUGCCAGUCCUUCUGUUAGGUACAGUGGCUGCAGUCAUAUCAGGUGUUAUGUUUCCAGUGUUAGGUUUGCUGAUGUCCAGUUCCAUCAAUUCAUUUUAUGAGCCUCCUCAUCAACUCCAGAAAGAUUCACGGUUCUGGACAUUGAUGUAUGUAGCAUCAGGAGUUGCUUCGUUUAUUAUCCUACCAGUGGAGAAUUUCCUUUUUGGAGUAGCUGGUGGAAAAUUGGUUGAACGCAUUCGCUCGUUAUCUUUUCAAAACAUUGUUUGUCAAGAAAUCAGCUGGUUUGAUAGGCCUUCAAAUGCUAGUGGAAAUGUUGGUGCAAGGCUGUCUGUCGAUGCUUCAAAUAUACGACGUCUUGUAGGCGAUUCAUUGGCAUUGAUGGUUCGAAGCACUGUUACAGUUAUUGCAGGAUUUGUCCGUGCAAUGGUUGCAAAUUGGAGGCUUGCCCUCGUUGCCACGGUAGUGCUUCCUUGGGGGGGUCUCCAGGGAUUCCUCCAAAUAAAGUUCUUGGAGGGAUUCAGUGCAGAUGCCAAGGCAAUGUAUGAAGAAGCAACUCAAGUGGCAAAUGAUGAUGUCAGUGGUAUUCGAACUAUUGCUUCUUUCUGUGCGGAGCCUAAGGUAAUGAAGACUUACUAUGGAAAAUGCAAAGCUCCAGUGCAGCAGGGGACCCGUCAAGGCAUUGUCAGUGGCUUGGCCUUUGGUGUAUCAUUCUUCCUAAUGUAUUCUACAUAUGCCCUUUGUUUCUACAUUGGAGCGAAGUUUAUUCUUGAUGGCAAGGCCACGUUCACUGAAGUAUUCAGAGUGUUCUUUGCUCUGCUCUUGGCAACCGCAGGCGUUUCACAGAGAAGUGUGUUAGGUUCAGAUUAUGCCAAGGCCAAAGCAUCAACAUCGACUAUAUUUGCACUCAUUGAUAGUAAAUCAAAGAUCGAUCCUAGCAGUGAUGACGGCAUGGUCUUGGUUGACGUCGCUGGUGAACUUGAGCUCCGCCAGAUCGGUUUCUCAUAUCCAUCCCGACCUGAUAUUCAAAUAUUCAGAGAUCUCAACUUGAGAAUACCAUCCGGGAAGACGGUUGCCCUCGUCGGCGAGAGCGGCUGCGGCAAAUCCACCAUCAUCGCUCUCCUGGAGAGAUUUUAUGACCCUGAUUCUGGCACGAUCACAUUGGACGGUGUGGGCAUCAAGGACCUCAAGGUGGGCUGGCUGCGGCGGCAGAUGGGGCUGGUGAGCCAAGAGCCGAUCCUGUUCAACGACACCAUUCGCGCGAACAUAGCCUACGGGAAAGAAGGCGAGGCGACGGAAGAAGAGAUCACCGCCGCCGCGAAGGCCGCGAACGCGCACCGGUUCAUUUCGGCGCUGCCGCAGGGCUACGGCACCGUGGCCGGCGAGAGGGGCGCCCAGCUGUCCGGCGGGCAGAAGCAGCGGGUGGCCAUCGCGAGGGCCGUGCUGAGGGACCCGAGGAUCCUGCUCCUGGACGAGGCGACGAGCGCGCUGGACGCCGAGUCGGAGCGCGCCGUCCAGGAGGCGCUGGACCGGGCCGCGGCCGGCAGGACGACGGUCGUGGUGGCGCACCGGCUGUCGACGAUCAGGGACGCCGACGUGAUCGCCGUGCUGGGGAACGGCGAGGUCGUCGCCCAGGGCACGCACCAGCAGCUGAUGGCGGCCAGGGACGGCGUGUACGCGUCGCUCGUGGAGCUCCGCAUGAGGUCCGAGCGCGCCGGUGUCUCCUCGUCAGCAUGA